AAGGGUCGAGGCGAGGGGGCUGGAAGCAGAGUGGACCCGAGUGGGCGGCAGAAAUCAGCCAAGGCAGCCGUCCCCUCACCCCAAGCACCAGCUCUCUCCUCCUGAGAUGUUCCACCAAGUUUGGGCAGCUCUGCUCUACCUCUACGGCCUUCUCUUUAACUCCACGUACCAGUGCCCUGAGCAUGGCCACCUGACAGCGCUGGGAGUGGACGAGACGCAGUCCCCAGAGCCCCACCUGGGCCUGUGGUACUUUAUUGCCGGAGCAGCCCCCACCAAAGAAGAGCUGGCCACGUUUGACUCGGUGGACAAUAUUGUCUUCAACAUGGCCGCCGGCCCUGCCCCAAGGCAGCUCCAGCUUCGGGCUGCUGUCCGCACGAAAAAUGGGGUCUGUGUGCCCCGGAAAUGGAUGUACCGCUUGACUGAAGGGCAAGGAAACACAGAACUCAGAACUGAAGGCCGCCCUGACAUGAAAACAGACCUCUUCACCAGCUCAUGUCCAGGAGGGAUCAUGCUGAAAGAGACGGGCCAGGGUUACCAGCGCUUUCUCCUCUACAACCGAUCGCCACACCCUUCAGAGAGGUGUGUGGAGGAAUUCCAGUCUCUGACCUCCUGCUUGGACUUCAAAGUCUUCUUAGUGACUCCCAGGAAUCAAGAGGCCUGCCAGCUGUCCAGUGAGUGACCCAGACCCGAGGUGGGAGCUGAGCCUGGAGGGGGAGCUGGAGACUCUCACCCCGCUCACGGAAAAUAAAGAUGAUUUUCCAGUC